AUGACUCAAAAGUUCUAUGUCACUUACAACCAGGUCCACAAGCUCUGUCAGACCUCGGCCGAGGAAAUCCUCAAGGAAUUCCACCCCAACCUUAUGAUCGCCAUUGGUGGUGGUGGUUACGUUCCUGCCCGCAUCCUUCGCUCUUUCCUCAAGCGCGCCGGUGACCCCAACAUCCCCAUUCAGGCUAUUGGUCUCUCCCUCUACGAGGACUUGGGCCGUGGUGACGCCGAGGAGGUCCCCGGUACCAAGGUCACCCGCACCCAAUGGCUGGACAUGAGCUCUCUCGAGAUGGCCAACUUGAUUGGCAAGAAUAUUCUCAUCGUUGAUGAGGUUGAUGAUACCCGUACCACUUUGGAGUACGCUGUUCGUGAGCUACAGAAGGAUGUUGAGGUUGCUCAAAAGCAGCUUGGCCGUGAGGGCGAGAAGACCAACUUCUUUGUCUUCGUUCUACACAACAAGGAUAAGGUGAAGAAGGGUGUUCUGCCCACCGAUAUGAUGGAGGAAGGUCGUUACCACGCUUCCGUCACCACUAAGGACGUCUGGAUUUGCUACCCUUGGGAGGCUAAGGACAUUGAUGAGCACGAUGCUCUGGCCAAGGAGAACCCCAUCAUCUAA